AUGUCCUCCUCAUUCAGCCACCCAACGAUGGUACCUCUGCAGAGGGUCGGCGACACGGUCGCCCAUGGAACCGUAGGACUUGCUACCAAGGCUGACCUUGACGCGGUCAAAGCAAGCAUCGACCAGCUCAAGACUGAGCAACAGGAGAUAAAGUCCUUGCUCAUCCAACUCCUGCAAGGCCGCGCACCCGCGCAUCAUGCUGCACCAGAUCGUGAAACUUCAACGGUCCCUACGUGUGGUCUCAAAGUCAGUGAAGAUUCUGCAACAAAUGAUCCAUCUGAGACGCAGACCGACUUUGUCAAACCUCAAGGAAAUGUGGAAGAUGGGCAUGCAGCGCCCGUAGCCUCCGCGUCCGAAGAGCAAGACGCAUCGCGUUCCCAUCAGCAUGCCAACACUACAUCCGUUACCGAAGUGCCAGUCCAAGCAACAGCUAUCAAUACCGCCCCGACCCCGGCUGUGCUGUCAUCGACGCCAGUAAAACCUAGCGUGUCUACGCUUAACGAAGAGACGGUCUCAGCCCAGGCCGCUGCUCAAGCUGAAGAAGACGCACUGUCGGAUGAGGAGUUGAGGGAACUUCGGCCGCUACGUCAGCAAUCGACACGUCUUCUCUGCAUCAAUGAAGACUUUCGCUUUAAGACUUUAGUCGGCUUGUACUGCGCUCUCAAGUCGAGGAACCCAGCUCAAUCGUCAUCCCGGACCCGCCUCCCUGAGAGCCAGUUGAUCACUAUGGCGCGCCAUGCAGAAUUCGACAUUCUUCGAGGCAUAGAUCGAAGGGUCAUAAGGAGGCAAUUGGCUUCGGUCCCAUCGCUCAUACUCAAUGAGUACUCAACUGGUCGGCAGGAGAUGUGGAGCAAUAUCAAGUAUAGCAGCAACUUCUCCAAGCUGAUCCAUAGACAUCAGCGGUCUGUGCGUGAGGCCUUGAGGCAGAGUAGAAGAGUCACCCGGUCGCAAUCUCCUCAGCAGAUAGGAGCUUUCGUCAAAGUUCCUCGUGGCCGUGCUGGAUACCGCUAUCGAUCCGCGUCAAGGUCUUCGAGCGCUGACCGUGGCGGCAAUGCACCGGUGACAAGUGACAGCGAUUUCUCCUUCCCGAGAGCUCGCACACAAAUCCCCUCCUCGAUGGCACCUGGCACGCUCGUGGCGUAUAGCGACAUGCUUAUGGACGCUGAUUUGGCCCUCCUCAAAGAGCCCACGUCAGCCAAGCCAUAUAAUAUCAAGCUCGCCAACGAUCUUCGCAGCGGCACACUCGUCGAGUUUUACGACAAGCUCGUACAGGCCAACAGCCUGGUAUCCUACCUCAAACACGACGAAGCCCUUCAGCAUGCGCUUGUCGAAGUCUACCAAAGCAUGGGUACAGCGCCGUUCUGGAAAGAUUACCUACCGCUUGAUACCCAGGAGCUCUUCAGACUAACGAAGCAAGUCGAAGAUGAUGUUUUCGGCCGCCUGAUGAUGGAUGUGCGGGGUGGGAAGCUCGAUGUGUCUCACGAAAAUGCGUACAUACGACUAACGGCGAGGUACCGUCCGGGAACCGAUGCCAUGGGCCUCAAAAGUUUUGCAGCUAUGGCUUCGAAAUUUCUCGACCGUAUGGAGACUUAG